CGGUUAAAAUUGAUAAAUUUACCACAACUUACAAUGGUCAGCAGUAAAACACAGCUUGCCGAGUUGCAGGAGUAUUUCAAGGGACACAAUAAAAGCCGCGAAGCGUCGAAAGCACACACGGCGAAAGUACAUUCGGUCGGAUGGAACUGUGAUGGACGCCGCUUGGCUUCUGGAUCGUUUGACAAAACUGUGGCUGUGUUUACACUCGAUCGCGACCGAUUGAAUAAGGAAAGUACCUACCGUGGCCAUACCGGUUCGGUCGAUCAGCUGUGUUGGCAUGCAUCGAUGCCGGAUUUACUCAGCACAGCAAGCGGAGACAAGACCGUGCGCAUUUGGGACGUUCGGGUAGGCAAGUGUGCAACGUUCAUCAAUACGAAGGGAGAAAACAUUAACAUUACCUGGUCACCUGAUGGGCACACGAUAGCGGUCGGCAACAAGGAAGAUUUGGUAACGUUCAUCGACACGCGCACGCACAAGAUUCGUGCCGAGGAGCAGUUCAGCUUCGAGGUGAACGAAAUCGCUUGGAGCAAUGGAAGCGAUCUGUUUUUCCUCACCAACGGGCAGGGCUGUGUGCACAUACUGAACUACCCGAAUCUGGAGCUGCAGCAAGUACUGAAGGCACAUCCCAGCACCUGCAUCUGUAUCGAGUUUGAUCCGACGGGGAAAUAUUUCGCUACCGGUUCUGCAGAUGCGCUGGUGUCGCUGUGGGAUGCGGAAGAGCUGGCCUGCUUGAGAGUGUUUUCCCGACUCGAUUGGCCGGUGCGUACGAUUUCCUUCAGUCACGAUGGAAAGCUCUUGGCUUCGGCGAGUGAAGAUUUGAUCAUCGACAUAGGUGACACGGAAACGGGCGAAAAGGUGGCAGAUAUUUCGGUCGAUGCAGCCACAUUUACCGUUGCUUGGCACCCAAAACAAUACAUUUUGGCGUAUGCCUGCGAUGACAAGGAUGCUAACGAUAGGCGAAGAGAUGCGGGCAGCUUAAAAGUGUGGGGAUUCUCAGAAUAGACUUAAGACGACCGGGGCUGCAUAAAU